AAAACAAUAUUACAAUAAAAUAAAUCAAUGUCUAAACUUUUCUACUUCCAUUGCAUACAUAAAAGAUGAAAAGUAAAACCAUUAAUCAAUGUCUAAACAAGAAAAUAAUUAAUUAAAAAAGAAAAAAUUAAAAAAAAAAAAAAGUUGAGAAAAUCUGGAGUAUUUCUUUGUUCCAACUCUCUUUGCUUCCAUUUCACUUUCCUCAUUUUCCAAUUUCCACCACCUCUUUUCUCUCUCUACUUUCUCUCUCUUCCAUCACUUUCCAUCUCUUCCCCAUCUCUUUAUCAAUUGAGUGAACUACAAGUGCUUCACUCUUUCUCUCUCCUAAAUCCCUUAAACUAAAAACUCACAAAUUCAACCCAAAAUUCAAUGGAAAAAGAACUAAAUUGCUCAAAUUUGAUGGAAAUUUCAGGCGAACAGCUCUCAAAUUGCUAUUUCCACCCUAAUUGGGAGAACUCAAUUGACCAAAAUGACCCUUUCGAGUCCGCCCUCAGUUCCAUUGUAUCUUCCCCUACAACGGCGGGUGUAGCUUCAAAAAAUGGUCCUGGCGAGGGUACGAUGAUCAGGGAAUUGAUCGGACGGCUAGGAAGUAUAUGUGAUUCUGCUGGUGAGGUCUCACCACAACAAUCCUGCAUUGCUGCUACUGGAAAUUAUAAUAAUAAUAGUAAUAAUAAUUCUUGUUAUAGUACACCCUUAAAUUCUCCUCCUUCAAAAUUCAAUCUUUCUUCUUUAAUGAUGAUCAUGGGUAAUAAUAAUAAUUACCCAAUUCAAUCUAAUUUGGGAUCUUUUAAUGCUGACCCUGGAUUUGUUGAAAGAGCUGCUAAAUUAUCCUGUUUUGGAAAUGGGUUUGAUGAUUUUGUGGGUGUUAACUCUAAUACUAAUCAUAGAUUGGUUGCGAAAUUGGAAUCUGGGAAAUUAUCUAGGGUUAAUUCUGAUAAGAAAUUGGGUGAAAAUGGUGAAUUGGGUGAUUCAAGAGAAGGUUCUUCAGUUUCUGAGCAAAACCCAGGUGUUGAAAUUGCGGUUAAACCUCAAAUUGAUCCAAUUUCAAGGAAAAGGAAGUCUGCUUCCAAGGCUAAAGUCAAGGAUACAACUCCCAAAGAUGACAAGGUUGAGGAGGUAGAAAAUGAGGAAUCAAAUGCCAAAAGAAGUAAAUUAGAUGAAAAAGAUGGUAAAAAGGAAAAUACAGAGCAAAAUGCAGGGGAGUCAAAUAAGGAAGUAACAAAGCCUGAGCCUCCGAAGGACUACAUUCAUGUCAGAGCUAGGAGAGGCCAAGCUACUGAUAGCCACAGUCUUGCUGAAAGGGUUAGAAGAGAAAAAAUUAGUGAAAGAAUGAAGUUUCUUCAAGAUCUUGUUCCUGGUUGUAACAAGGUUACAGGAAAAGCAACUGUUCUUGAUGAAAUCAUAAAUUAUGUGCAAUCAUUGCAACGCCAAGUUGAGUUCCUUUCCAUGAAAUUAGCUACUGUGAAUCCUAGAAUGGAGUUUAACAUGGAAGCUCUUCUCUCCAAGGAUAUGUUUCAAUCUAGAGGAUCAUCAGUACCUCAAACAAUGUACCAAAUAGAUCAGAAUUCAGCAGCACAAGCAUUUCCCUAUGGUUACCAAUCUAACCAGCAAAUGUCACUACCUUUGCCAAAUGGUGUUGAGAAUCCCUUCCCAGCUAACCCAAUGAAUGUUUCCGGAAUCCGGAGAAAUCCGAGCAUUCCGAUGUCCUCGAUCGAGGGAUUCAUUGACUCCAUCACUCAGCUACCAAAUCUUUGGGAAGAUGAUCUCCAAAGUCUUGUUCAAAUGGGAAUUGCCCAAAAUCAAACACAAAACGUACCUGCAGGUACAUUGCCAAAUGGUCAAAUGAAAGUUGAGCUAUGACCCUUAUAAACUUCAACCACUUUGGCCUUACAUUUCAACAAGGCCAAACAUGUAUAUACCGAAAUUGUUCAUUUGGACAGACGAUUCUACGAGCAAGACCAAGAUUCAAUCCACCACCAUGACUCGAUAUUUCUCUCCCCAUUCAGGAGAUUGCCUCUAAGCCGAUUCAUUUUUUUCUUUUCGAGAAUCAUUAGAAGAUAACUCUCGAAAAUUUGUAUAAUCUAGAAACUAAUUGCUAUCCUAGAGAUGGGAAAAUUCUGUAUUAUCAAAUGUAAUAGAUGUAGCAUAAGUUGUAGCAGUAGAGACAUAUAGGGAUUGGAGUUCAACAAGGUUUCAACCGGCUUUUGACACGUAAAGCAUUCAUUCCCAACACUAUCUUGUAAUAUGAACUUACUACAUUGCUUAUCCAUUUUGUUUGUGGCUCUAAUUCUCAAACUUAAUGAAGAUAUAUAUAUUGCCAUUUCCUUUACAAA